ACCUUCCCAGUGCUGCAAUAAGCACAACGUCGAUUGGGCUCUGAGUUUAAACCUUGGCAAAAAGAGAUACAGAGAAUAAAGCUCCUAGGCGGCGACUGAACGGGCUGAAAGAGCAAAAGCUCGAAGGAAGAGUGCCUUAGAACAACAGCAACUCGAGGCGGCGAAGAAAAUGACACUUCUGAAUGAAAGCGGUCCAUGGGUUGUGGAUAGAAAUUUUUCCAGCGAUUCAGCAAGUACCUCGGGAGAUGUUGAAGCGAUGGAACUUGCGCAUGAAGAUGCUCCAGUUGUUUGUGCUAACAACGCAGAACAACAAGAAGAAAGUAUGGCAACUGGUGUAGAAACACAAACAGAAACAUUUGAUUAUUUAUAUCGAAAAACUGUCGGAUGUGAAGCGCCCAACAAGGACGCUGAAACCCAAACAGAGGCAUUCGAUUAUUUAUAUCGAGAAACUGGCUGUUUAGAAGCGCCUGACAAGGACGCUGAAACCCAGACAGAAGAAUUUGACUAUCUUGUCCCUAAAAGUAGCGGCUAUCAAGCAUCAGACAGGGAAUUCUUUAAAGGUGACGAGAAGGUGCGUCUUUACAGAGGUCUGCCUUCAUACGAAGUACUCUUGGUGAUAUUUGAACAUGUUGCUCCUGAUGUCACUCGCUGUACUCAAUCAUUAGACAGAUUUCAAGAAUUUGUGCUGGUUUUGAUGAAACUUCGGUUAAAUGUGCCACUUCAGCACUUGGCUUACCGAUUUAACAUAUCUUUGACCACAGCCUCUAGAAUUUUUUCAUCUUGGAUGGUGGUGCUGGAUGCCAAGUUGUCUACUCUUGUUUUUUGGCCCGAAAGAGAACAGUUACGGAACACAAUGCCACUUUGUUUUCAGUAUGCUUUCAGAAAGAAAGUCACUGUGGUAAUCGAUUGUUUUGAGCUGUUUAUUGAAUGUCCAUCAAACUUACUUGCAAGGGCCCAAACAUUCUCCUCAUAUAAGCACCACAACACUAUAAAAAUACUCAUUGGUAUUUCCCUCAAGGAAGCAUAUGUUUUGUGUCAGAAGUGUGGGAAGGCCGCACUUCUGAUAAGUAUUUGACCGAAAAUUGUGGAUUUUUGGAACAUUUAUUACCUGGGGACAUGGUAAUGGUGGACAGAGGAUUCACCAUUGCAGAGAGUGUCGGCUUAAAACAAGCAAAGUUGGUGAUUCCAGCAUUCACGAAAAGGAAAAUCCCAGCUCGGCCCUGUGGAUGUGGAAAAACAAGGGAAUUGCAAAUGUGCGUAUCCAUGUGGAGCGAGUGAUCGGAUUGUUCUGACGCAAGUACACUAUUUUAGAAGGAACACUACCAACUGAUUUCCUUAAUGCUGCAAAUGGAGAGGUUCCAAUGAUUGACCGUAUUCUGAGGGUUUGUGCUGUACCAGUGAAUUUAUGCCCUCCUAUAAUACCAUUUGACUAGUGGUUUAUUUGAUGCUAUUAAUUGCAAAGUGAUUCUCAGUUGAGUGAUUGUCAGUUCAUUCAACUUUGAUCUUAAAAUUUAAGGGGUACACAGAAUCCAAGUUACCAUAUUGGUUCGAUUAAGCGCCUCGAAAAAGCGCCCACUCUAAUGGUCCAAAAAUUUUAUGUGCCCUAAGAGCUUAAUUAAAGAAAUACAGUACGCAAAAAGACAUGGCGACUGGUACAUUUACCCAUUUUUCAUUGUGCAUAAAAAAAAAAUUAAAAAGUUCUAAAAACUGAGAACUUAGCACAAAUCAUGCUGUUGGUAUGGGUACCAAUUCCUUAAAAAAAAUGGCUUUCUAGUUUUCUACUGGCAGUGUUAGGUUCGCAAGGUAUUGUGGUAAAAUGUCCAGCCGCCAUUUUUUUUCUUAAAUCUUGUUUCAAAUCAACUUUUUGGCCAUUGCUUGUAUUCAUGGCCGACACAAAAGGCAUCAUCAGUAUUAUUACUAUUUUUGUUCUUAUUAUUAUUAAUAUAAUUUUCACCAAAAAGUAGGGUUUUAAAAUCUUGCACAUGCCAUGUUAUAGACAUGGGAAGCCAAAUGUUGUUUCCCUCUUGUCAAGAAUUUAAUCCAAGUACAUUGAAAUAAAUAGCUUCAAUUCUUGUUUGACCAUGAAAGUAUUACAUAUUUGAUGAUUUAUUUGAUAAAGACUCAUUAGACUACUUCCAUUGGAAAUAUAUUAGUGUCAAAAGAAUUCAUUUGUUGAUAUAAAACUUUAUCAGUUAAAAAUGGUGUAUUUUAUAAAGAUUAUAACCCUUGAAGCCCUGGCAUCAACAUUAAUCAGCUCCCCACUGUUUUCCGUACAUUUCCUAUGAUCCAGUAGAGGACAAUUUGUAAAACAAUCAAGAACUUUCUCACGGUACUUAGGGUGCUUUCCAUUUGUCAGAACUGGCUGGUCAGACCAAUAAAUUUGAGAACGGAAUCCUGCCGACAGUCAGAUUUGUCCUGUCAUAUCAGUCAAUGCAUCAUUUUUUCUUACACUGGUGUUGUGGAUUUGGGUAAAAAUCUGGUGAAAAAGGCAUGUUUUGCA